ACUGGAUCAUGGGAUGGCUUUCUUGACACCAUCAACAACAAAACGGAGUAGUACAAGAAAAGCGACUGAAAUUCAUGUCAAAUCCUGAUGAAACAAAUGCUUUUCCCGUCUUCAUGACUCCACAAAUAUCCCCCAAAGAUAUCCCUCAGGACUGUAAUGGAUCGGAAUCCGAGGAAGAACCAGUCGUCGUGGCGAUAGAUGAGUCAAGCUCGAGCGAAGAAGACGAUGAUGGCGACGCUAGCCAGGGGUACGUACCGCUCUCAAUGGACGACGGUUCUGAAGCACCGAUUGGCUAUGUACAAGAAACGCAGGAUGAGUCCAACAAUACAGAAGUAGCUUCCAAUUCAUUGUCAACAGCAAGGCAGGAUUCAACUGCUACUAUCUUAUCAGCAAGUGCGAUAGAUACCAACUUACCCAGUGUUGCCGCUAGAGCAGCUCAAAUGGACAGCGAUCAAGUUGACCUUAUCCGACAAGUCAUGUCCAACAUCACACUUCCAAGCUCUGCAAUACCAGAAUGGGCCAAGUUAGUCCCAGAGGACAAAUGGAAAACAUCUCUUGUUACAAGUAUGCAAAAAAGGACUAAUCCCACGACUGAAGAUCUCCCUGAGAAAUGAAGGAUUUAGGUGUGGCAUUUUUUGUCAUAUAUAGCUGUUAAGUAAUUUGCAUGGGUCAUGUCACUGAUGCAAGACCCCAUGACCAGCCCAGGUCCCAUGGGGAUACUCUGCUAUAAACCCUGGAUGGCGAUUUACAACCCAUUAACACACACACACACAUGCAAGCACGCACACACACAAAA